UCAAAGAGUGGGAGCCUUGGGCUGAUACUCUGAUCAUGACUAAUCAUGUUAAUUAAGCAUGGCUUAAUUAACUUUUUUGGCAUGACCACUAGGCAGUGGUCUAGAGAGGUGGAGCACAAUUAAGAGGUAAGCAGGAAGAGUGCUAUGUCAGUGUUGGCUGUUAUUACCGUGGAGGAGCGUUGGACUUCAAGGUAGAAGUCCUGGAAAACUUCAUCAGCUCAGAGUCCAAGAUCCAUGCAACCACCUGGGAACGGUCAGACUGUAAAAGAGGAGCAGCGGGACAAGCCCGGAAGCCCUGACGGUGGAGACUCGUCCAGCAUUGGGCUCGGAGGCUCCUGCUCUGCUCCUGAGAGUUCUGCCAGUCUGGAUUUGUGCAUCGAAUCCCCAGAGGUGACUGAGCCAAGGAAGUGCCCAGAGGAAGCCAGGGGGCCAGAAGGUUCUCCGCUGCCUGGCCCACAUCCACCCUGGGAGCAGGAGUGCCCCUCGGCCUCCAUGCCCUUUGCCAAGUGCUCACCGGAAGGCUGCUUGGCAAGCCCAGCAGCGGCACCUGAAGAUGGUCCCUUUACUCAACGCCCUAGGAGGGAACCUUCCCCAAAUGCCCCAGGGGAUGCUGUGGCAGCAUGUGCUCCCAAGGGGGGCAGCCCUACUCAGCACAGUGUGGUUGCCAUCAACCCCAGUGCAAGGAGAGAGAAAGAGCUGAAAGAAGAGGAACAGAAAUCCUCCUCUUCCUCCAGCUGCAUUGACCAGGGGCCAGGAAUCUCACCAGCACCUCCCAGAGAGCUGGUGAAGGGACAGCUACAUGCAGAGCAUGACGAGCCUGGUGGUUUAGCAUCCCAAGGAAAAGAGGAUGCAGGUGGCUUUUCUCUCCCAGAGUCCAGGCAGGAAGUGGCUUCUGUACAAGUGUCCCCCAAAGCCCCUGCUGAAGCCCAGCCGGGCAUGGAGAGCUCAGCCGGUCUGGAAGAGUCCCCCCCAAAACCCAAGACCCUGAUCCUACAAGAUCCAGCCCCAAGAACCUCAGAAAGAGAAAAAUGCCCAGUGGAGGUGCUGCCUCAGGAUUUAACCGGAGACUUGACAUUCCUCAAGGCCUGCCGUCCCACUGGGAGCAAUUCAGGGGCUGCCCAAGAAGCUGAAGCGAAUGCUGCUUCCCAGGAAAGCUGCGAGCAGCAGACGGGAGCACAUCAGCUGCAUGCAGACCUGCUCCGGGAUGCGCUGGGUCCCGCCCUGGCAGCAGGGGUCAGGAGCUCCUGGAAGGAGACUCUGGAUGCCAGUGAUGCUCAGGGUCACUUGCAGACAGGAACACAAGGAACCGAGCCCCGUGAAGCUGUCUGUGUGGCAGCAGGUGGCCAGCUCGAAGAAAGUUUGCUUGUGAGCUCUGAGUCCUCCUCGCUCACCCCAACUGAGGAAAUGUGUCCGGCUUCAAACCUCACUUCACAUCUAGCUGCUCCAAUUUUGGUUGCUACAGAAGGACCCAGCUGGUUGGCCAGGGAGACGGUUUCUGGGGAAGAGGUGCCAGUUCCUGCAGAUCCAGCUCAAGAGCUGGUGGACGCAAGGAUGGCAGGACUGGAGAAGCAUGUGUCAGAUCUCAGAAGCGAGCGAGAACAUCCAGAAGGGAGCCUGGGAGAGGUUCCUGUGCCUUCACCCCAGGACGGGGGAGAGCACUUGAGCAGGGAGCAAAGCCCUGCAGUCCAACAAGGGGUGCUGCCCCCUCCUGCUCCCAGUGCAUCAAGUGACAGUGCCAGGAGGUCACUGGAGCCAGAGGAUGAAGUCUCUGAAGACACGGAAAGCCCAGCUGUGGCUAAAGAGGAAAGCAGAUCACCUGGGGACAACCUUAGAGGACAGGAAGAGGCCCCAGAGCCAUCUGACAGUGCAGAUCCUGGCAACCUGGGGGCAGAGGAAUCUCAGGCCCUCAGCUGCAAGCCUGAUCCAGAGGUGGAAAGAGAUGCGAUUUCAAAGCUAAGCAGCGAUGCAGAGACCAGAGUCCUUCCCAGCUCAGACUCAGCACAGCCACCCCGAAAAGAAGGUGCUGGGCACACGGAUGGGCCGGACUGUCAGUCAGCAGAGGCAGCGAGGUGGGUGAUGGCAGAACCCCGUGUGGCUGAUGCAUCUGCCUCACUGCAGGAGCUCGGUGAGGAGGACCUGGUCCUGCCCCCUGCACCGGAUGGAACUGGUGAACACGCUGUUCCCGAAGGAGCCAUUGGGGAGGGGCUGGGGUUGCAAACCAAAUGUCCUGCCAUCCCUCAGGGAAGGGGAGGAUUGGGAAGAACGGAGUCUCUUCCUGCUUUAGAAUCUGAGAAAUCAGAUUUCCUGUCGUCUCUUGCAGCAGAGGUGUUACCCAAAGCCCAGGAGGUAGACAGCACAUUGGAGAUAAAGACAACAGGUCACCCAUUGUCAUCCCCGCAGAGUCCCUGCAGCUGUGAUGGGAAUGGCUUGCUCACACUCCCAGGCCAACCCCAUGAGCCAGGGCAUGACACAUCUGGACAGGAGGUUCGUGCUGACGUGCCAUGUACCCCCGUGGGGGAGAUCUUGGCAGUGGACAGUGGGCUCACCACACUCAGCCUGGAGCAAGAUCGGCAGGGAAACCCGUCUUGCCCAGGGGACAGCCAGAUAACAGAAGCGGCAUCUGAGAGGCCCCCACUGUCCUCUGAGCCCUGUCUCCAGCCAUCCCAAUUAGACCCAGAAGCAUCUGUCUUUGAUGUGCUCAGGGAGAAGGUCCAACCACCUGAAAAAGGGAAAGAGACUUAUCCAAGGGAUUCAGGUUUUAAAAACAAGGGCACAGAUUCUUCUCAAAUCCACAUGCCUUUGAAACCUUGGGAGGAUGUGAACUUGCCCACUUGUGGGGGACAGGAGUGUGCUUCAGGAACAGAACUUCAAAGUGAGCUCCCCAAAGGAUGUCUGUUUGAGGCUCCAAGUUCAUCCCCCAGGGAGCUGGCUCUGGUGAGUUCUCUGACAGAGGAGUCUGAACUGUCAGCACCAGUAAGACAGAAGUUGCCAGCACCAGCGGAGAACGGGCAAGAGGGAGCAGGCAGUGGUGGUCAGCCCUCAAGGGUCUCUCCUCCUGCUGCAGACACCUUAAAAGACUCUUCUCUCGCAGGUAACUUGAGCAGAAAGAAAAGUUGUUGUGCUGGGCAGGGACCAAACAAGUCCCAGCAGGAGCUGGCUGGUGCUUUGGAAGCCGGCAGCCUGCAUGAAGAAGCACGUCGAAGGGAGGCAGGAGUUUCUGACGCUGCUGACGCUUGGCCCCCGCUCCAGGGCUUGGGGAAGACAGAGACGGCAAGUAGAAACACAGCGGGCACCCCGCCUUGUCCGCCUGACUCGCCAGCUCUCCUGCAUGCAGCUCGCUGCCUGCCAGCCCCAGAGCCUGCCAGCCCCAGGGUUACACCCACCCAGGAUGCCCCGGAGAGACAGGCAUGUGAUGAAACCCAGGCAGGCAGGCUGCAACUGGCGCUGGCCCCGCAGCAGGAGAUGGAGUGCCCUGCCACCUCGGACGCAGAGGCUCCCAAGUUUCUUGGGAGUCUCCCAUCAGCUGGGGAGCAAGGCGGUGAAGGUGGGACUGCUGAGACUGGAGGGAAUGCUGAUGAAGGGCUCCCAAGGAUGCAGCAGGGUCCAGAGGAACCAGAGGAAGCUGCUCGGAAUGGUGGCUUCUUUCAGCCUGAGCCCUGCCUCAUGCCUGGGGAGGACGCCUCCACCUCUGCCCUAGGAGAGCCCUGCCAAGCUGAGCAGCCCGCGCCCAGCUGCCAGGAGGCCUUGCUGCCAGCCGGAGAGCUGGGUGGGAUUCCCAGGAGCACCGUGGAUAUUUCUGCACACCAGGCUGUCCCAGACCCCAAGAGGCUCCUGCUGUCGGGGCCACCUGAAGAGGCUGUUCCUCACACUCUUUACCUGCAUAUUGAUGGUGCUGCCAGGAAAGGAGCAGAAGACAGUGGAGUAAAGACUGGUUCCUCUGAGAGCCCGAGAGCUCCCGGUGAAAGCCCCUGUCCCAUAGAGGAGCCCCUGCUUGCCUUGGAAAAUGCUGGCCCCAUGAAGCUGUCUGCUGGCUCCCUUGCCUCCCUCUUGCAACCGGGUGCUGCCGGCGGGGAGAUCUCUGCAGUGCAAGCCAGCAGCGGAAAGCCCGAAGCUGGAACCGUGGAGAGACCUGUGGACUCCGUGCCCUACCUGGACAGGAUGCCGUGUCUGGCCAAGGGUAAGCAGAUGACAGGGGAGGAGAAAACAGCAAUGGCUCUGGGUACAGGUGCCAAACCCAGUGAGAUUCCAGCAAGCCGGGCCACUGAGGAGGGCAUGGCAGGUGGCACAGCAACAGAGACAGAAGGCAGUGGGGAGAGGAUGGUAGAAACUUCCCAGGAUCCGAGGAGGGGCGCAGCAGGUGGUGUGGACACAAGCUCCAAGCAGAUCGGAGGGAUCACUGGGCUCCCUGACUUCAGGCAGCACCUCACCAAGAUCUUUGAGACGCCUGUGCUCGGAGCCCUGACCACCAAUCAGCCCCAAAGCACUCCUGGAGAAAAGGCAGGAGCUGGGAGGAGUGUGGCAAGCAAGGAACUCCCAAUGCUGCUUAGUCCAGAGAAGCUUCUAGAUGAGACUCAAGGAGUGGCUGUCAUCCCUCUCCCUGCACCUCCUGCUGGGCUCUGGGUGAAGAAGAAACAAGGGUUGGCUGUAGAGGCUGUUUCACAACUGGAUUCCCAGAAUCCAGCUCCAGACAAGCUGCCAGCUCUGGCAGGGCUAGCCUUGGAGAAGAUCUUGCCAGGUGCCAGUGUGGGGAGUGAGAUGACAGAUGUGCCACCAAUAGUGAGGAGCAACAAGAGGCCAGAUGGCACUGGAGAAGGCUGGCUAUACCUGGAAGGCCAGGCUCACUCACAGCAGAGGAGGGAUGGGCAGGAAUCAGCUUCAGGUCUUUCCUCAAAGGCAGCUACUCAGGGUAUACCUGUAGAGAAAACCUCUGACUUUCAGGUGGCUCCCCAGAGCCCCAGAGUAGGGGCCGGCGCUCGAGUUGAUGGAAUUCCUUCUGGAAAACAGCACCAGGAAGCAUCUGCCUGCAAUAGUCAAAACAGAGAAGACAGUACUUGGGAUGUGGCUCACACAGGGGAACAAGGUGACGUGCCAGGAUCCACCUGUGCCCUGGAAGCCUCUUCUCCUCAUGGGAAUGUUUUGAUUGUGCCUGAGGCCAACAAUGAGCCCUGGACCCCUGAUUCACUUGAGGAUGACAGGAGGCCUGGAGGUGCCACCAGCAUCUUGGAAAUGCACAAUGCUCUGCACAACCAGAGCACCGUUAAACCAUCAACUGGAGAAGUGUUGGACACUCCCCUGGAGCCCGGCAAGGUGCCAGGAGCUGCUGGAGGAGCAAAGGGUGACGUCAUGCUGAGCACAGCUGAGACACAGGCACGUGCAUCAGGUGACCUGCCUGAAGUAGGUACUACAAGAGUGUUCUCCAGCAAGGCUCAGGACUUGGUGCUGCCAGGAAGCUGCCAGGACCCAGGCUGCUCUGACAGGACUUGGGUGAUGGAGGAUGCAGCCACCCUGCAUGGGGACAGCCCGAAUGUGCACCAGCAGGCUGAGGAGCAUCCAGGGCCAGAGUACCCCACUUCUGCUGGGGAUGGGAAGGUGGAUGUCUCCUCACCUCCAGAACCUGAUGAAACUCGGGACUUAAAGCUGCAACGCUUGGCUCCAGAAGAGAUCCAGGCUGACAGAGAGAGCCCUGGGCUUGGCCCAUCCAACUUACCUUCUGUUCCUGAGGAUGCUACAAGAGUUACAGGCGAGAUCACUUCAGAUGAGGCCAGAGGUGCAGGAGGAACAGAAAGCUCACCUGCAGCAGAUGAUGUCAUCCAGCCUGCUGCCCCCACAGACCAGGAAAACCCACCCUUAGCUGCCUCUUCCCACCAUGGUGAUGUCAUUGGCCAGGUCUCUACGAAUCUGACAGCCCAGAGCGCCUCCCCAGCUGCUGUCUGUGCGGAUCCCGCUCCCCCGGCCUCAGAACACGCGGCCUCUCCUUCUGUCCCAGCUGGUGAUGCAGUAGAAGCUUCCACUCCCUCCUGCCAGGAUCUGGCCAAGGACCUAAGCAGGAGUUCUGACUCUGAAGAAGCAUUUGAGACCCCGGAAUCAACGACCCCUGUCAAAGCUCCACCAGCCCCACCCCCACCACCCCCUGAAGUCAUCCCAGAACCUGAGGUCAGCACACCACCACCCCCGGAAGAACCAGGAUGUGGUUCUGAGACAGUCCCCGUCCCCGAUGGCCCACAUAGUGACUCAGUGGAAGGAAGUCCUUUCCGUCCUCCAUCACACUCCUUCUCUGCCGUCUUCGAUGAAGACAAGCCGAUAGCCAGCAGCGGGACUUACAACUUGGACUUUGACAGCAUCGAGCUGGUAGACAGUCUUCAGGCCUUGGAGCCUCGUGCUGCAGACUCUAAGACGCAGGAGUGCAAAGCGAGCUCACGGAGGAAGUCCACGGAUUCCCUGCCCAUCUCCAGGUCGGCGCUGUCCCGGUCUCUCAGCCUGCAAGCCGGUGACUUUGAUGGUGCUUCUUGCUCCGGCAGUCCCGAGGCUGUGGCCCUUGCCCCAGACACCUGUAGCACGGGCUCCAGCAGUGCUUCCAGCACCCUCAAGCGAACUAAAAAACCAAGGCCACCUUCCUUAAAAAAGAAACAGACCACUAAGAAACCCAUAGAAGCCCCCCCGGUGAAAGAGACAGAGCAGGAGCCAGCUGAAGAGAGUCCCGUCCUCGGUGAGGAGAAUCCAGCAAAAACGGAAUUGGCCAAGACACAAGAUUCUGGACCAGCCUCCCUGGAGGAGACGCCUGUAGAAACUGCCUGCCUUCCUGACCCGGAGAGUGCAGAAGGGGCCAUCCCCCCAGCAUCUGGAGGGGGCAGGGUGCAGAACUCGCCCCCCAUUGGGAGGAAAACGCAGCCUCUUACCACGGCCCUGGAGGCGGUGGAGGUGACCCCAUCAGACAGUGGGGGACAGGAGGACUCCCCAGCCAAAGGGCUCUCAGUGAGGCUGGAGUUUGACUAUUCUGAGGACAAGGGUAGUUGGGACAACCAGCAAGAGAACCCCCCUCCUACCAAAAAGACGGGCAAAAAGCCGGCUGCCAAAAUGCCCCUGCGGAGGCCGAAGAUGAAAAAGACACCAGAGAAGCUUGACCACACCCCUGCCUCACCCACCAGAUCCCCCGCUGAACCCAAUGACAUCCCUAUUGCUAAAGGUACCUACACCUUUGAUAUUGACAAGUGGGAUGACCCCAAUUUUAACCCUUUUUCUUCCACCUCAAAAAUGCAGGAGUCUCCCAAACUGCCCCAACAGUCGUACAGCUUUGACCCAGACGCUUGUGAUGAGUCCAUUGACCCCUUUAAGACUUCCUCUAAGACCCCCAGCUCACCUUCUAAAUCCCCAGCCUCCUUUGAGAUCCCAGCCAGCACCACUGAAGCCAAUGGAGUGGACGGGGACGGGCUAAACAAGCCUGCCAAGAAGAAGAAGACGCCCCUAAAGACGAUGGUUGAAGAUGUGAUGUCUGUAUGUUCUCUGUUUGACACAUUUAGGGUGAAAAAGUCGCCAAAACGGUCUCCUCUCUCUGAUCCACCUUCUCAGGAUCCCACUCCAGCUGGUACGCCAGAAACACCACCGGUGAUCUCCGCGGUGGUCCAUGCGACAGAUGAGGAAAAGCUGGCGGUCACCAAUCAGAAGUGGACGUGCAUGACAGUGGAUCUGGAGGCUGACAAACAGGACUACCCGCAGCCCUCAGACCUGUCCACCUUCGUAAAUGAGACCAAAUUCAAUUCACCCACAGAGGGUAAGCAGCUCGGUGGCCAGCCAGACCCCCACCCUGCCUUGGAGAACACUGCCCCUAGGGAGCGAAAGGCCAGGAGAGAAACUUCUGAGCCAGAGCUGGAUUACAGAAACUCCUAUGAAAUCGAAUACAUGGAAAAAAUUGGCUCCUCCUUACCUCAGGACGAUGACGCCCCGAAGAAGCAGGCCUUGUACCUUAUGUUCGACACUUCUCAGGAGAGCCCCAUCAAGUCUCCUCCUGUCCGGAUGUCGGACUCCCCGACGCCAGGUUCAGGGUCAAGUUUUGAGGAGACCGAAGCCCUGGUGAAUGCCACAGCCAAAAUCCAGCAUCCUGUCGUGCGAGGGCUGACCUCCAACCAAGAGCCACACUUGCAGGUGCCAGAGAAUUCCUCCCAGAAAGAGCUGGAGGCCAUGGCCUUGGGCAGUCCUUCAGAGGCGAUCGAAAUCACAGCUCCCGAGGGCUCCCUGGCCUCUGCCGAUGCCCUGCUCAGCAGGCUAGCCCACCCUGCCUCUCUCUGUGGCGCGCUUGACUAUCUGGAGCCCGACUUAGCAGAAAAGAACCCCCCAGUAUUUGCUCAGAAACUUCAGGAGGAGUUAGAGUUUGCCAUCAUGCGGAUAGAAGCUCUGAAGCUGGCCAGGCAGAUUGCCCUGGCUUCGCGCAGCCGCCAAGACACCAAGAGAGAGGCUGCUCACCCAACAGAUGUCUCCAUCUCCAAAACAGCCUUGUACUCCCGCAUCGGGACCUCUGAGUUGGAGAAGUCUGCGGGCCUUCUGUUCCAGCAGCCUGACUUGGACUCUGCACUCCAGAUCGCUAGAGCAGAGAUCAUAACCAAGGAGAGGGAGGUCUCGGAAUGGAAGGAUAAAUAUGAAGAAAGCAGGCGGGAAGUGAUGGAAAUGAGGAAAAUAGUGGCCGAGUAUGAGAAGACCAUCGCUCAGAUGAUAGAGGAUGAACAGAGAGAGAAGUCGGUCUCCCACCAAACAGUCCAGCAGCUGGUCCUGGAGAAGGAGCAAGCCCUGGCUGACCUGAACUCUGUGGAGAAGUCUCUGGCUGACCUUUUCAGGAGAUAUGAGAAGAUGAAGGAGGUUCUGGAAGGCUUCCGCAAGAAUGAAGAGGUGUUGAAGAAGUGUGCACAGGAGUACCUGUCCCGAGUGAAGAAGGAGGAGCAGAGGUACCAGGCUCUGAAGGUGCACGCAGAGGAGAAACUGGACAGGGCCAACGCUGAGAUUGCCCAGGUUCGAGGCAAGGCCCAGCAGGAGCAAGCCGCCUACCAGGCCAGCUUGCGGAAGGAGCAGCUGCGAGUGGACGCUCUGGAAAGAACGCUGGAGCAGAAGAAUAAAGAGAUAGAAGAACUCACCAAGAUUUGUGAUGAACUGAUUGCCAAAAUGGGGAAAAGCUAACUUGGAACCAAAUGUUUGGACUUGACCGUUGCGUGCAAUAUGACCGUCGGCACACUGCUGUCCUUCCAGUUUCACGGGCAGGUUCUGUUUUCACUUUUUCGUAUGCACUACUGUAUUUCCUUUCUAAAUAAGAUUGAUUUGAUUGUAUGCAGUACUGAGGAGACUAUCAGAAAUUCUUGCUAUUGGUUUGCAUUUUCCUAGUAUAAUUCAUAGCAAGUUGACCUCAGAGUUCCUGUAUCAGGGAGAUUGUCUGAUCCUCUAAUAAAAGACAAAUUGCUGACCUUGGCCUUGCCCUUUGUACACGAGUUCCCAGGGUGAGCAGCUUUUCGACUUCAUAUGAACAUGUACAGCGUGCAUAGGGACUCUUGCCUUAAGGAGUGUAAACUUGAUCUGCAUUUGCUGAUUUGUUAAAAAAAAAAUGCAUGUUUCAAAUAAGAUUCUCUAUUGUAAAUAAAUUUUUUUCUUUGGAUCUUGGCAAUAA